AUGCAGGACCCCUGCCGAGCGGCUGAGCGGCCGAGAGUUGCUGAAUUGCUGAGCUUGUGCACUUUGCUGCCCUCGUCGCCGUCAACAACAACAGCGAAACGCGCUCCGGCAAAUGCCGAGAUCCGCAGCACCCAAAAGAGCCGGGUCCUGGGGUCAACUGGCUUCCAGUCACGUGACCCACCACGUGUUCUCAUCUCGACUGCUCGACUGCGAUCCGACUCGGGCCACCACCACACGGGCGGCGGCCGCCCACCAACAUCCACCAGCGAAGUCGGCGCCGUCUUUGCCUGCGAGUUAGACUCUGCUAUGCUCGUCGUGCGUGCCACCCGCCAGCUCACACCAGUCCCCCUCCUCCGCCCUUCCCUUCACCUCACUGCCCGGUCCUACGCCGCCACAGCCACCAGCAAGCGUAUCCCCCCCGCAAUGGACACCGACCUCCAGUACACGCCCGAGCGCGGCGACGAGCUCCGCGCAAACGUCCAGGACGUCCUCGCCGAGCUCAAGGCAGCCGCUCCCGCUGGAUCUGACCCCCGCCUCGUCGCCAUCUCCAAGAUCAAGCCCGCCUCGGACAUCCAGGCGCUCUACGACGCCGGCCACCGUCACUUUGGCGAAAACUACAUCCAGGAAUUGGCCGACAAGGCCGUCAUCUGGCACCGAGAGGAGCCAGACGAGCCAGAGCGAGCCAGAGUGGGAGGGGUGUGUCAGAGGCCUGCCCGGCUCCCCAAGGACAUCCAGUGGCACUUUGUCGGCUCGCUGCAAUCCAACAAGGCCAAGCUCGCGACCGGCAUCGAGAACCUGUUCGUCCUCGAGACCCUCGCGACCACCAAGCUCGCCGACCUGCUGCAGAAACAGCUCGCGCCCACGGGCCGCACCCUGCGCGUCUACUUGCAGGUCAACACGUCCGGGGAAGACGCCAAGUCGGGCGUCGAGCCGCUGACGGCGGCUGACGCGUCGACACCGCUCGCGCUCCUCGCUGCGCAUGUGCGCGACGCGUGCCCCAACCUGACCAUUGCGGGCGUCAUGACCAUUGGGUCGUGGGACGCCAGCCACGCCGAGGGUGAGAACCCGGACUUUAUCGCGCUCAAGGGCACGCGCGGCCACCUGGCGGCCCUGCUCGGCGUGCCCGAGACGAGCCUCGAGCUGAGUAUGGGUAUGAGCUCGGACUUCGUAGAGGCCGUAAAGGAGGGAAGCAGCAGCGUGCGUGUCGGCACGAGGAUCUUUGGCGCGCGGCCCCGGAAGCAGUAG